CCGCAGGCAGCUGCCAGCAAGGACAAGCCCCGUGUUUUCUGUAGCCAGGGAUGAGGAAGUGGCCCCAGGGGCCUGGCUGGGUGCUGCUUCAAGGGCCUUCGCAAACCACAGUACAGGUGGUCUUCCUGCACUGCAGAUGGGAGCUGUGGGAGCUGCUGGAUCCUUCAUGGUCAAGUGACAUCAUAAGCUUAUAUGACACACACAAGCCUCAGGACUUGGCCCAUGGCACUGGAGCAGGUCAUCAGGCCCAGCAGACUAGAGCUGUGUUCUCACAGGGCCCACCACCCUUCCACUUCCUUGGCCAUUGACACCUGUGUCCCUGACCCAGCUGCUCCCAGGUACCCCCCAAAGCAGCUGGCACAUCCCACCUCCGGUGUGGCCUGGGCUGCUAUGUGUCCGCAGGGCCUGCCCCAUCUGUUCUAGCUUGUUUCUCCUGUCUGAACCAGCGCCUACUCCAAGAAGCCUCUGCUCAGCCCAGCCUCUGGGAAGCCUUGGUGGUCGGUGGUGUAGUCAUCGUGGGAUGCAGAACAAAAACCUGCAAGAACAAAACUCUGUGGCUUCGUCUGGUGCAGGGUAUUUAGUUAAUGUUUGCUGAGGUCCUGUCUGGUUCUGGCGAAUGGACAGGGGUCGUCCACCCAUUCUUUCCCUGCUCUGCUGUCCGUACCAGGGGAGACGGGGGCCUGCUGGCCGAGGAGGCAGCUCCUGCUGCCUGCUGUCCUUAGGUCCGUGCAGGGACCCCCUUUCUCUGAGCAGGAUGGGGAUCAGUCUGCCAGAGGGAUGUGGUGGACAGGCCCAGCCAGGUAAAAAUUUCCCCCAGUUGCUGAAAGCAUUUGGGGCGGGGCAUGCCACUUGAGCUCCCUAAAUGUGUCUCAUAGGUGACACUGCUCCAGGGCCCCCCAGGGGCCUCUCCCUUCAGAGCUGCCUAAGUUCUGGUCACUUCAGAGAAAUGGAGCACUCCCUUCUCCCUGGUCCAGGUGUGGACAGCCAGACCCUUGGCACACCUAGCACACCUGGCAUGGCUGGUAAUUUCAGAAAGAAAAGGGGCCGGGGUCCAGUGGGAAGCAGUGGCGAACUCCUCAUGCGUGGGCUUUGCGAUCCCUCCCCCUGCCACGGCAGAGCUGCCCUCAGCACAGCCUUCCUCCCCUUGCCCCUAGCCCCGAAGGCUGUGCUCUGUGCCUUCAGUGGUAUUUGGUUUUGGCUGCUACUGGCUUUGUUCCAAAGAGGAUCUGGAAGUCGCUUCGCCUGUGUGGAGCGUGGAGCACUGUGAGUCAGAUGAGGGAAGUAGCCAGGGGGAGGUGAGUACCAGGCAGAGCCGCCACAGAAGGCACUGGGUAGGGGCCUUGCCUCCACGUGAUGUGACACGGCCAGCCGAGGACAGAGGAAGCCCCGUUCCUGGGGGUGUGGGGUGCACCCCUCAGGGAAGCCUGCAGUGGGGCCCGAGGAAAGGCGUUCUCCGCGAGCCCACGAGUCUGCUCUGUGAGCACCGUGACAGUGCCCGUGGGCAGAGGUGGGCCCGGCCUCGUGUCGUCACCAGGACCUCUUUUGGGAAACCACGUGGUCAUCCCUUGUGGGUCCCCCGGCUUCUGCAGUCCCAGUGGCCUGGCUGCCUGUUGGGCAAGUGGCUUGAGCCGCCCAGAGGGCCCAGCCCUGUUGGCAGCCACGUCCUCUGGAGGCCCUGCCGGUGGGGCUGGCUUUCUCUACCCCACACCAGGCCUCCAAGUAUACUGGUCGGGGGUGUCUGGGCCCUGGGUGGGCCCCAUGGACCUGUGAGGUCAGGGUCGGGGCAUCCCUGGAGGCAGAGGGCUUAAAAUUGUGGGUUUGGGUUCCCCUUGUGUGCACAGGCCCCCGCCCUCUGCACUUCAUCAGGCAGCUGGCCCCAAAACUGCUCGGACAGGCUGGUCCUGAGGUGGAUCCUGGCCCCUGUACCCUCCGGAGAGCCCACCUGCCCAACCUCCCACCCUGCCCCAGUGGCAGCAGUGUCGGCCACAUCCUUCCCUUCCUGGCCUCAAUUGCUCUGGGGAAGUCCAGGCUCCUGAGCCUGCCCAGGGGCCCCCAUGAUUUGGGCCCAGGACUCCACGUGGUUCUCUGCCUUCACCCAAGCCCUGAACUCCUCGGCUGCCAAAUCCCCCGCCAUCUGCACAGGCUGUGCUCACCACGGCUGCUCCUGAAAGGUGCCCCUCGGUGGGACGCCCACCUCCUCUCUGGGCUUCUGUGUUUAGGAGCCCUGCUGCCCCCUCCCUUGGUCAGUCCCCGUGUCCUCCUGGCCUGUCAGGCAGGGCAGAAAAGCCACCCAGAAAUGCUGAGUGGGAUGAGAGUCUGGCGGGGCCCAGCCUCAUUAUUUAGAAGGGAUAGAGGCCUAGGCGGCAUGCUCCUAGCCUGAGCACAGCAGGGCCCUGCCUGCAUGCCAGGUCUCCACCAGGGACAGCUGCUGCCGAGGCCUGACCUGCCCCUUCUCCCUCAGGUGCCGCUGGUUGCCCAGCCCCUGGCCCUAGGAGACCCCGAAGCGACCAAGGGUCCCAGCAGGCCACGCAGCUGUGCCAAGGCGCCUGGAGCAUGGCGGCGGCCGAGGGGCCCGGCUACCUGGUGUCUCCCCAGGCGGAGAAACACCGGCGGGCCCGCAACUGGACCGACGCCGAGAUGCGCGGCCUCAUGCUGGUCUGGGAGGAGUUCUUCGACGAGCUCAAGCAGACCAAGCGCAACGCCAAGGUGUACGAGAAGAUGGCCAGCAAGCUCUUCGAGAUGACCGGCGAGCGCAGGCUGGGCGAGGAGAUCAAGAUCAAGAUCACCAACAUGACCUUCCAGUACAGGAAAUUAAAAUGCAUGACAGAUAGCGAGUCCGCCCUGCCCGACUGGCCCUAUUACCUAGCCAUUGAUGGGAUUCUGGCCAAGGUCCCCGAGUCCUGUGAUGGCAAACUGCCGGACAGCCAGCCGCCGGGGCCCUCCACAUCCCAGACCGAGGCGUCCCUGUCGCCGCCCGCUAAGUCCACCCCUCUGUACUUCCCGUAUAACCAGUGCUCCUAUGAAGGCCGCUUCGAGGACGAUCGCUCCGACAGCUCCUCCAGCUUACUGUCCCUUAAGUUCAGGUCGGAGGAGCGACCGGUGAAGAAGCGCAAGGUGCAGAGCUGCCACCUGCAGAAGAAGCAGCUGCGGCUGCUGGAGGCCAUGGUGGAGGAGCAGCGCCGGCUGAGCCGCGCCGUGGAGGAGACCUGCCGCGAGGUGCGCCGUGUGCUGGACCAGCAGCACAUCCUGCAGGUGCAGAGCCUGCAGCUGCAGGAACGCAUGAUGAGUCUGCUGGAGAGGAUCAUCACCAAGUCCAGCGUCUAGGCCAGCAGGUGGCGGCGGCGGGGCCGGGCCACCCAGGGCAGGCCACUCAGGCCAGGCGGGCAAGGGGGCCGCCCCGUGAGAGGAGACCGCCUUCCACCUGGCCUCUGGUGGGAUGUCCCUUCCGAGGUGUGUUUUGAGGAACCCCCAGGCCCUGGGGACCGUGAGGCUCCAGUCUCCAGCAUGAACGCCCUUCCUCAGACACAGGCCAGGGCCUCUGGGGGUCACUCUGAGUAAGAACAUCCUAGAGCCACUCUCCAGUGUCGUUACUAUCAAUAAUACUUGACAUGGCUUUGAUAUUAAAUGUAUACUUUUUCAUUCUUGCCUGGACCGCACGGUUUGCUGUUGCUGACUUGGUGAGGAUGCCCUGAUGGAUGGAUCCCAAAAAUGAAAGCAGGUGCAAAUGGGGCGGGGCAGGCUGGAGCUGGGGGGAAAGCUCUCUCCUGAAGGGAACCUGUGUCCUUCCUCACCAGGACCUCUGCGUCUGUCCUUACAUGGCCUCCCACACCUGGUGAAAACCCCGGGGAGCCUUCCGGGAGGCUUUUAUUCAGCUCUGUUUGGAGCAUCAGGUGUUUCUACUGCCUCCUUAGCAAUGACACCAAUAAAAGCCGUAACACCUGCUCGCAUGCA